CUUUUGGUGACUAUCCUUUUUGGUACAUCGGGGCCACCGUAGACGUUUUAGGCAAGUUGUCAUGUGAUGAAAAUAUGUCAACAUCACCGUGCACCGUAUUGUGAAACCAGCACAUUACUACUGAAACUUUUAUUUAUGUAUAAACAUGGGCAAAUUGUAGUACUGCUCUCUCGAAGUCAAAUUAGCUAUCCAUUUUUGGGCUGUCACUGCAAAGGAUGGCUUCACCUCAAAGGGGGCAGUCCUCCCUUGUACACAGCUUGGCCACACUCCUCCGAAACGAUGGUGACUUGGUGCUGGACGGCAGCAGCACUCUGACCUUGCCGGCGGCCAGCUUGCAGCAGCUCAUCCGGCUGUUUGAACAGUACUUGUUGCCCCGGAGCCAGCAGCAUGGGUUCCUUGCGCUGCCCUCCCACCCUGCCGACACUGCUUCCCUGCUACAGCUGCAGUUCCUGUUUGACGUCCUGCAGAAAACCAUUUCCCUUAAACUCAUCAACCCAACUGGGGUGAGACUUCAGUCUGUGGUGAAAAUCUUCCCAUUCAAGUCUUUGAGGUGUUUGGAGCUGAAGAGAAUCCCUCCACACUGUCUUGAGGGACUUAAAGGAAUUUACUCCCAGUUAGAGGUCUUUACAUGUUCAAAGAGCCUCAGCUCCCUGGAGGAGCUGCUUUCCCUGUGUGGAGGUGACCUGAGCUCUGCGCUGCCUUGGCUGGAACUGCACACGCUCAACUUUAGCUACAACUCCAUUGUUUGCCUUGACCAGUCACUAAGUUUACUGAACGUCCUGAAGUUCUUAGAUUUAAGCCAUAACAAGAUUCAGGAGUGUGCUGAAUUUAUGAAGCCCUUGAGUGAACUGGAGCACUUAAACCUGGGCUACAACUGCCUGCAGAGGGCGCCAACGCUGGGCCUGAGCGCCAGGGCCAAACUCCUCACACUUAUCCUCAGGAACAAUGAACUGGAGACCAUUAACGGUGUGGAGCAGUUGUCUUCACUCCAGGAAUUAGACCUGGCCUACAACCUCCUGUUGGAGCACUCCCAGCUGGCUCCUCUCUCCCUGCUGCACUGCCUCAAAACACUUAACCUGGAGGGCAACCCGCUGUACUUCCAGAAGACCCACCGCACCAGCACCGUCCGACAUCUCUCCCCAAAGGCUGCAAACCUUAGACUCAAACUUGAUGGUACCCCGCUGUCCUCAUCUGAGUUAUCAGUUCUUCCAAAACCAGGCAGGCUGAUCGUGCAGGUACAGACUGCACCUCCAGUUGCCAUGCCACCACAACGGAGUAACCAAGACGUGUCUAGUGGUGCUGGGGAGCUUAGUGACAGCCAGUCAGUUGGAGAGGUGGCAGUCUCACACAUUCGGAAGAAGAAAUCCAGGAGUAAGGUGAAAGUGCGCAGGGCCAGUAUAUCGGAGCCCAGCGAUACAGACUAUGAGCCCAGGCUGCUUUCCUCCUCACAGAGCAUCGUCCUCCCCCACCAGCAUGAGAUUGAGCGCAUGUCCAGCUUCAGAGACCAGCUGGGUGAGGACUGGCUGAGAUACCAACAUCAUCUAGAUGAAGCUUCCCUCUCCACCAUCACCGUCGCUGUCAACACUAACCCGCCACCCCCUCCCCACCAAGCCCUCCCCCUCCCCCUACACAACGGCCCUAACACAACCACGUGUCCAUCCAACAAUCCUGGGUGGCAGGCGGCUCCCUCGUCCCUGGAUGUCCCAGAGGUCCUCCCCCCAUCGUUGCUCCCGUCCGAGCCAGGAUUAGAGACAUCCGUGGAUGCAGACCAGGAAAUGGAGUCUACCCUACGGUGGCCCGGUCAGAGCUUACAGUCCACCUUGGAGGAUAGCGCGGUAGAUGGCAUGGUGGCAAGUCGGGGAGUGGUGAGCUUACCAGGAGCAAGUCCAGAGUCCCAGGGUUCAGCUAGAGGGGAGAGGGAAGACACCAAGGAGGAAGAAGAGGAGGAGGAUCUGGGAGUGGACUUGUGUCACCCCCUACUUGUGGGUGUCUUAUCUGACAAAGAGGAAGAAGAUGGCGAAGGCCAGGGGGAGAGGAGGAGGAGAAGGAAAGAGGUGUUCCUGCGCAUCAAACAGGGCCUGGCGCUGGAGGUGGACACGCAGAGCGGGCAGGAGAGAUGCCGCCUGGAGCUACGCAGCCUGGCUUGGGUGGAGACCACAGAGGCUGCCUGGACCCGAGGGGAGACCGAAGAGAUGCUUCCUGCUGUGGAGCUUCAGUUUGAGUACAUCAGCUGGGAGAAAAGGCGGAGGCGCUACGUCAUGCUUGAUGAUGAGCCACAGCAGGCAUUGCAGGCUCUGACUGACGUGCUGUCAAGUGUGGCUGAGGAAAACCAGCGACGUGACUCUGUGCUCCGGCCCAGCUGUGUUCGCCUGCAGUGCCUUCGCUGCAGGUCAGAGUUCACGCUUCAGGGAGAAGGGAGCGAGGAGCAGGCCAGGGGGAGAGCGAGGAGGAGAGGGGCUGUCAUGCUACCAGUGGGUGUCGACGAACUGGCUCAGGAGGAGUUCACAGAGUUUGAUGAUGACAGCAAAGGAAACAAUAACAUUUGUCCAGACUGUGGUAGCGAUCAUGUGGUCCAGCUGGCUGGCCAAUCAUCUCCCUACAGCAGUACGCCCAUCCAGCGCUCACCAAGGCCGGAGAGUGGUGACGAUCAUCUCGAUAUAGACCAGAGUGCAAAUAAGGAUGAUUACACAGAUGGCAGCAUCAGCAGCAGUCCUAUCCUCGGCGCUGCCACCACUACAGAGGACGCCACCUUCGUCACCGCCCAGGGAAGCUCCUUCUUCAUUGGGGACGGUCAGGGUGACACUUCCAGUCUCUCCUACAAAUCCGAGGGCCAGGGUAAAGAGGGUCUGGCUGGGAGCUACCAUUACAUCGCUACCGGUGACACACCACCUGAAGUCAAAGCCCACCCUGCAGGAAGGUCCGCCCAGAAUGAGGAUUUGGACCUACUGUCUGAGGACUACGAGGCGGUGGACCAUCGGCUGCAGCUUUUCCUGGAUGUGGACGUCUUCGAGGAGGAGGAAGAGCUUCACUCUUUCCUGAAAAUGUCAGCUGUCAAAUUUGGGGAGCCAGGGCAGGUUCCCUCUCUGUUGGUGGUGUCAAACCAGCGGAUCUAUUUCUUGGAAAUGACAUCAGAAACCCACAGAGGCCAGCUCUCCGAUUGGUUGCAGAAGAGGGACAGCCACCCAAUCAUGGAGCUCAGCUACCUGGAGGUGGGACUGGGCUCUCAGAGCAUCCACAUGGAGUUUGGAGACGGGGAAGUGGCCUACACCCUCCUCGUGAGGGACAGUUUACGCUGCAAACGCUUCUUUGGCCUCUUGACAGGAAUUGUGCGUGAGAUGGCGCACAAAUCGGAGAGCAAGCUGCAGUCCAUCUCUACUACAAGACUCAGCCCUCUGCACCAUCUCUGGCCUCUAGUGUGUGAAGACAUCCAGGCAGAUGUGGAGGAUGGCCAGCUACAGUUUUUCUACAUUCUGGCUUUCGUUCGGCAAGAGGAUAUUUGGACGCCGCUGACAGUCCUGGCAACCCGGGAAACCCUGUACCUGCUCAAAGAGGAUCACCAGUGGAGGAGAAGCUCAAACAGCCUGACAGGGACUGAAAACUACGAGCCGAGCAGCGGGAGCGUUGCUAUUUUAGAAACGCUGCCAAUCAGCUGCGUGAGCUCGAUCCACCUGUGGCCUUCAGACCAGUGCAGGAUGGAUAUCAAGCUUUACGAUGAGACGGUGAAACAGGAGAAGACGUGGUGUGUGCGAUCCGAGAGCACCGAGCUCCUCCAGGGUCUGCUGGCCUGGGUCAGAGCACAGUGGGAGGCCAUGUUCGGAGUAAAACUGCACACAAGCCUGCAAGACAAAGCAACAUAAUAGGCGGAGGAUAUGGAGAAAAAAAAC